AGGCGCUCGGAGGCCCAGAAGCUCUUGAGGCUGGUGUAUCCGGAGCGCGGGAGGCUGGCAGCCGCAGUUGGUUUUCUGGCCGUGUCCAGUGUCAUCACCAUGUCGGCUCCCUUUUUCCUGGGAAAGAUCAUUGACGUCAUUUACACAAACCCGACCGUGGACUACAGCUGUAACCUGACCCACCUCUGCCUGGUGCUCAGCGGCCUGUUCCUGUGCGGCGCGGCUGCCAACGCCGUCCGCGUCUACCUCAUGCAGACUUCAGGUCAGCGCAUUGUGAACAGGUUGAGAACUUCGUUAUUCUCCUCUCUUCUGAGGCAAGAGGUCGCUUUCUUCGACAAGACGCGCACAGGAGAAUUGAUUAACCGCCUCUCCUCAGAUGCCACACUCCUAGGGCGUUCGGUGACCGAAAACCUCUCAGAUGGGCUGAGGGCCGGGGCCCAGGCUUCUGUUGGCAUUGGCAUGAUGUUUUUUGUCUCACCUAAUCUGGCCACUUUUGUUUUGAGUGUGGUGCCUGCAGUAUCCAUCCUUGCUGUGAUUUAUGGACGUUAUCUACGGAAACUAACCAAAGUUACCCAGGAUUCCCUUGCACAAGCCACUCAGCUAGCUGAGGAACGUAUUGGAAAUAUAAGAACUGUUCGAGCUUUUGGGAAAGAAAUGACUGAAAUAGAGAAAUACACCAGCCAAGUGGACCACGUGAUGCAGUUAGCAAGGAAAGAGGCAUUCGCUCGGGCUGGCUUCUUUGGAGCAACAGGGCUCUCCGGGAACCUGAUCGUGCUUUCUGUCUUGUACAAAGGAGGGCUGAUGAUGGGCAGUGCCCACAUGACCGUGGGUGAACUCUCAUCCUUCCUAAUGUAUGCUUUCUGGGUUGGAUUAAGCAUUGGAGGUCUGAGCUCUUUCUACUCGGAGCUGAUGAAAGGGCUGGGUGCUGGGGGACGCCUCUGGGAGCUCCUUGAGAGAGAGCCUGAGCUGCCUUUUAAUGAAGGGGUCGUUUUAAACAAGGAGAGCUUCCAGGGCACUUUGGAGUUUAAGAAUGUGCAUUUCGCCUAUCCAGCUCGCCCAGGAGUGCCCAUAUUCCAGGAUUUCAGCCUUUCUAUCCCAUCAGCAUCUGUCACAGCACUGGUUGGCCCAAGUGGUUCUGGCAAAUCAACGGUGGUGUCCCUCCUGCUGAGGUUGUAUGACCCCAUUUCUGGAACUAUCAGUCUCGAUGGCCAUGAUAUCCGUCAGCUAAAUCCCGUCUGGCUGAGAUCCAAGAUUGGGACAGUGAGUCAGGAACCAAUUUUGUUUUCUUGCUCCAUUGCUGAGAACAUUGCUUAUGGUGCAAACGACCCUUCCUCGGUGACUACUGAGCAGAUAGAGAGAGUGGCUGAUGUAGCCAAUGCAGGUGCUUUCAUCCGAAACUUCCCCCAAGGGUUCAACACUGUGGUCGGAGAAAAGGGCGUUCUCCUUUCAGGUGGGCAGAAACAACGGAUUGCAAUUGCCCGUGCUCUGCUUAAGAAUCCCAAAAUUCUUCUCCUAGAUGAAGCAACCAGUGCCCUGGACGCGGAAAACGAGCACCUUGUGCAAGAAGCUCUAGACCGACUCAUGGAAGGAAGAACAGUGUUAAUUAUUGCCCACCGUCUGUCUACCAUUAAGAAUGCCAACAUGGUGGCUGUUCUUGACCAAGGAAAGAUUACAGAAUGCGGGAAUCAUGAAGAACUGCUUUCAAAACCAGAUGGGAUAUACAGAAAAUUAAUGAACAAACAAAGGUUUAUUUCAGCAUAAAGGAGCAAUUACUGAUGAAGUGAACAUGAGAGACUUUAGAGCAAAACAUUGUUGCAGGAAAAAAACUUAGAGAUGGUAUCUAUUCUGUAAAUCAUACUUCAAGUUAUUUAAAAUACGCCUGUUUUUUUCCAAGGUGGGUAAAAUAUUGUUUUGAGAUGUACCUGUUCUCAAGACCUUUUUAUUCAGACUUUUAAUAAUUGUAACUUUCUAAAUGUCUAUAGCACUGAAGUUAUUUUCAGGUUUUUUUACUUCCUUUUGUCCUGGAAUACUUUAAUUAAUAUAACAUGGCACCUCAUUUUAUUUUUUACCUGCUGUUACAGAUCGGAGCUAUUGUCAAAUGACAACUUUUAAAGGGGGAUUAUAAACAAAAAGCUUAAUUAUUUUAGGUGAUUUACCAAUCACUGUGUAAUUCUCUUGGUAGUAUUCUACCUACAUUGUGUCUAAAUUUAUUAGAAGAUGAAAAUCUUCCCUUUUUUUUAAAAUUCUGAUAAUGUCCUGAAGUGAACCUGACAUUCAGACAUACAGGAAUAGUUAGCGUCACACGGGGAGAAGGGAAUAUUUCCGUUCCCCACCUCCUGUGUCUUCAGGGAUAUGAGACUUUAAAAGUAUGUGUUCCUCUGGGAUGAGACCGUGUUUGGGUGUGUGUGGUUUUCAGCAUUUUUAGCACAUGAAAGCCUGAUGAGUUUUAAAAGGGGAAAAAGCCAUUCCUUUGAAUACGGAAACUUCUAUUUUCAUUAUUCACACAUUUGUUACUUUGGAAAAGCAGGCAUGAACUGCUGGGUAUUAUCAAGAGGUAAAAAUGAAUUUUACAUUUAAGUCAUCCAAAGGCGUGUAUUUUGAAAAUUAUCUUUUAAAAAUUUAUAAUUCCUAGCCUAAAUAACUUAGUUCUUCCUAUUCUACAGACUAUCAAGAAACUUUCAGAACUUGUUUCUCUUCUGAAAAAUAACCCUUUUUAUUUAUGGUUAUAGUUUUAUUCACCUAAAUGCAUCAGAAAUUUGAAAGCAAUGCUGAUAACCGUUAGAUUUGCCACAUUUCACAUCAGUGCUGUUAAUUUGCUGUUUCCUCAAGAAAAAGUGGUUUUUUUACAUUGAUGAUGCCAGAACCUAAGAAAUAACUAUGUUGAUGUAAUUAAAAUGGAAGUUUGCCCGUGUUCGAAGUAUGGAUUGGUUCACUGAUUAUGCUGGAAGAAGAAACCACUAUUUUAUGAUAAGCGUGUAGUAUUAUAAUUCAUUCUACGUAAGGGAAUUUACUAUUGAAUAAAAUGAACUCAGUGAAUGAAUGAACUCCAUGUUCUUUGUAUUAGGAAACAGUACAUCUGUGACAAUCAUUUUAACAAGCUUUACUUGUAUUCUUUGUACAAUUUGCUAUUAGGGUGUGGUUCUCAAAAAGCAGACAAAACACAAUUACAAGGUUGGAUCUAAGGGAAAUCUCUUUGUGCCAUAGAAGUAUUUACAAAAUUGAAUUUGAUCAUUAUAUUUUAUUUUCUAAUACAAGAUGUUCAAUUGUGUCUUUAGGGAACAUUUUAUAUCCUGGAUUAAAAUUUAUAGUAGCUUUA